UCUCUCUCUUUUCUCCAUUCUCCUGCAACCAUUUCAUUUCUACAAGCUUCCAAACAAAGAAAAUUAAUGGAAACUGAGAUUCACAACGUUUAUUCUCCUCUGCCAUGUUGAAAAUAAAACACAAGACCAUGGUUAAUGGGCGUCUUUCGAUUUCUUAACUCCAAAAUUUUCUUAUGGCAAUAACCGUUGAUUCUUCGAUUGAAAAUAUCUUGUUCAUCCAUGGCUUAUGUUGAAUUCAGGACUAAUCUGGGAAUUCUUUAUCAGUAUCGCCAUCAGCAUCUUCUUCUUGCUUCUCCUUGUUAUAGACGAAACCGGGUGUUGGUUUUUGUUGGUCACCGGACAUGACCAUGGUUCCUGCCGAAAACCUUCCUAAACAACAUCAUCUUCCUCACGGCGGUUUUUACGGUUAUUGUGGCGGCAGCAGUGUAUACACGGAGAGCUUUGGUCUUAUGAGCCGUGUUCAUGGGUAUGAUUUUCACACCGAAACUUGCUUAGGAAUAGGAUCUGAUAACCUCAUGGCUGAAGAUGAAUCCAGAACUAAUAGUCUUAAUGAGGCGGGCUCUAACUCUAAGGAUAAUAACCAUCAAGAACUGGAAUUAGAGAGAGAUGAAGGUUGGCUCCAACUGAGUAUAGGGGGUGGUCAAGCUCAGGCAACAAGAUGUGAUCGGAACAAGCAUGACCAAGGCAAUCCAUCGGCCAGAAGAGAAGGGUUGGUUGAGCUUGAUCUAUUACCCGGUGGUGGCAGCUGCUCGCAGCAAGCGAGGCCGUUAGCUCCUAUCUUUCAUAUGGCUGAGUUUCGAGCUCCACCACGUCCGCCCCCGCUCAUGCAUAGUUUUAGUACAUCUCUAUUCUAUCAACACCAACAACAAGGGAUCAGCUCCACGUUCCCUUAUGACGGAGAUCUUAGUUCGUCAUUUAGGCCGAUACCGCAAAAUAUAGCAGCAGCUCCUUCAGCCUCCUCUUCUUGUUCUUCUUUAGCGCCAUUCGGGCCCUAUUUUGCCAGAACAUUGCCGGUGCAACCCGAAAUGGAUGUUGCCGGGCCGAGCUUGGAUGUUGGAAUCAUUGAUCCUCCUAGGAGACCCAAUUCUGGCAUUUGGUUUGUUCUACAAGCAUCAGAAAACCAAGCAAAAGAACCGUUCCUGCCUCAAAUUCCAAAGAGUUACCUGAGAAUCAAAGACGGGAAGAUGACAGUGCAGCUGUUAAUGAAGUAUCUGGUUAACAAGCUGAGACUGGAUAGCGAAUCAGAGGUGGAGAUAAGAUGCAGAGGGCAACAGCUUCAGCCAUUCUUGACGUUGCAGCAAGUAAGAGAUGAAAUAUGGAGUUCAAGGGACGCAGUGACUUUGCUUCCACAUACCUCAACAGCUGAUCAUCUCAUGGUUUUGCACUAUGGCAGGAACCCUAAUUGAAUCUUUCACCUUUUAUCUCCUACUCUGAUGUGAUGUAUCGUUCUUAUUUAAGUUGUGGAAACCCUUUAUUUUUUUUCCUUUUUAAAAAAAAAUCUCUAAUUGAUGGAGAAAAUAGAUUGAGAGCUGCCCUGCAAUGGUGUUUUUCUUUAAAGGGCGAGUAACGUAAGCAAAUUGUAUUUUUUUCCCUGAGCUAUGCUGGCUUUCAUAUUUUCAAUUAUUAUCAGUAUAUGUCAACUUGUACAAACAUCAUUGAUUAAUUGACUAAU